AUGGCCAAGCAGCCCCCCACCCUGGCCGAAACCGACGCCAUCAUCACGUCGCAGCCGGCGUUCGCCCUCGCCGACGUGGUGAUAAAGGGCAUCACGCACAAGGCCUGGGCUGCCCAGCCGCCGACGUACCGCGCGUACCUCCUCCCGCGGUUCGAGCGCUGGUCGGACAGGACGUUCAUCGACGCGCCGCCGCCCGAGCCGCGGCCGAAACACGAGCGCGAGAGCAUCACGUACGGCCAGGCGCUGGAACAGGCGUACGCCGUGGCCGGGUUCCUGCGCGCGCGGGGCGCCGGCGUGGGGACCAAGAUUGCCAUCGUGGGCUUCAACUCGAUCAACUGGGCCGUCGCGUGGGUCGCGAUCCACCUCAUCGGCGCCGUACCCGUCAUGGUGAACGCGGCGCUCACGCCCGACGCCCUGCUGCACUCGCUCAAGAUCACGCACCCGGCGCUUGUGCUCGCCGACGCGCAGAGCGGGGACACGCUCGCGCCGCUGGCAGACAAGCUGAGAGCCGCGGGCGUGGGCGACGUGUACUCGUACCAUCCGAACGGGCACCUGAAGCACGCCGUCCCGGUGCUCGACUUUGCCUCGCUCGUGGGCCAGAACGCCGCGUUCGUCGAGCAGGUCAAGCGGGGCGAAGGGCUCGAGACGCUGGGCGCAGAUUCCGACGGCACAAUCUUCUUCACUUCCGGCACGACGGGAUACCCCAAGGCUGUGCUCUCGUCCCAGCGUGGCGGGCUGCACAACUACCUGUCGUCGUAUGUUGCCCCCCUCCGCGCCGCGCUCCGCAUGGGCGCGCCAAUCGACAUGGCCAUGGCGCUCGUCAUGGCGCAGGACUCGCCGCCCGUGACGCUGCUCGCCGUGCCGCUCUUCCACGCGACAGGAUGCUUUGGGCAGCUCGUGCGCGGCGUGAAUGACGGCAACAAGAUUGUGCUGCUGCGCCGGUGGAACGUGGACGACGCGGUUGCGCUGAUGGUCGAGCACAAGGUCGACAUGGUCGGCGGCGUGCCCGCUAUCCCUAAUGCGAUCCUGCAGAGCGGCAAGCUGCCCGCCGACUUUGUCAUGCGCGGCCUGUCGUAUGGCGGCGCGCCGCCGCCCGCCCGGCUCGUCGCGGACAUUGUCAAGCGCUGGCCGACGGCGGGGGCCGCCACGGCGUGGGGCAUGACAGAGACGAACGCGAUCCACACUAUCCACGCCGGGCCGGAUUACCUCGCCCGCCCUACGUCUGCCGGACCCCCAGUGCCGACGGUGCAGAUCCGCAUCGUCGACCCCGAGACGCGCAAGGAGCUGCCGCAGGGCACAGCAGGCCUCGUGCUCGCCAAGGGGCCCAACGUCAUGCUCGAGUACUAUGGCAACCCGAAGGCCACGGCCGCGGUGCUCGACAAGGACGGCUGGCUCGACACGGGCGACGGAGGGUACAUUGACCCUGAGGGCUGGCUGUUCAUCACGGACCGGAUCAAGGACAUAAUCAUCCGCGGCGGUGAGAACAUCCCCUCGACAGAGGUCGAGAACGCGCUGUUUACCGACUCGCGCGUGGCCGAGGCCGCUGCGGUGCCGAUUCCGGACGACACGCUCGGCGAGGUCGUCGGCGUCGCGGUCUCGCUGCGCAAGGGCGCCAAGGCGACCGGUGACGAGCUAAUUGCCAUCGCUAGCCCCAACCUCCGGCCCCAUGCGCGCCCCGUCUUCAUCUGGGUGUCGGACACCCCGCUUGAUCGCAACGCCAAUGGCAAGCUCGUCAAGAAGGACAUCAAGGGCAAGCUGCUCACUGCGUUCAAGCGCAGCAAGGGCAAGCUGUAG